AGAAAGUCAAAAGUAACUUCGUCCGUGUCGAGUUGUGAAGAAUAGAGAGAUAAUGGUAGGUACAUGUGAAGACUCCCCUCCCCAAACCACAAGUUGUGCCAGACUUUUUCUAUCUUAUGAGUUAUGUCUACUAUUUUAAUUCCUUCUCCACUUCCCACCUCCAAAACCCUCUUUCAGUCUUUUUACUCUCUCGGCCACCAUGUUAUAAUAAUCUUUCUCCGUUUAUCUCUACCCUCCACAAUUUCAAGCUCCACAAAUGCGUCAAAUAAACUUCAUGCCCUCUUUCUUCUCUCAUUGUUACCAUAUCAUUAUAAUCUUCUUUUCCCUUGUACCAAAAAAAUCCUUAGGUGCUGUGGACCCAUACUUCCAAGCCUGCAGUGUGCCCAAAACCUGUGGUGAUGGGCAAGCCAUAAGAUUCCCAUUCUACAUCCAAGACAAGCAAAACUACUCUUGUGGCUACCCUGGAUUCAACCUCUCUUGCAACAAUAAUGGCCAUCCAACUAUCCUCAUAUCCAAUAUCAAUUACACCAUCCAUGAAAUUUUCUACCAAAACGAGACGGUUAGAGUCUCAAACUCUGCCUUCUCCAAUCCAAACUCCAGUUGUAUACCUUCUAUAAACAGCAUAUCCCUUCCGGGUAGCCGGUUCGAUCUAGCACCAAACCAAACCAAUCUUUUUUUGUUUUAUAAUUGUAACUCUUCGGUGCAUGAGAGUUGGCCUUCAGAGUUUUAUCCUAGUUGUUAUGGCGAAAACGACGCCGUUCUGGUUCUGUCUGGACAGGACCCGAAGCUGAUCAGCAACGUAUCAAUGGAGUGCAAGUAUUCGGUUCUAGCACCGGUUGAAGCUUAUGGAGGUGGGAUUGCAGAGUCGUUGAGAAAUGGGUUUGUGCUAAAAUGGAAAGCCAGCAACUGUAGCAUUUGCGAGGAUAGUGGAGGGAACUGUGGGUUCGAUGAUAUUAUGUAUCAUUUCAAGUGCUUCUGCCCAGAUAGGCCUUAUGCUUGGAGCUGUACUAAUACUACUCGUCUUGAGUAUCUUCCUGGGAAUAACAAAAGGGUACUAGUGAUAGCAUUAGUCACUUCAUUUGCUGGAAUUGGAGUUCUGGUGGUUAUAAUCUGCUACUUCUUUGGAAAGCUCUCAUCUAAGAAAAUUAUUUAUUUUUGGAAGAAGGGAACUUUAACCUAUCAGAGUGUAGAGGCCUUUCUAAGGAAAAAUGAACCACUAGCAAUUAGAAGAUACAGUUAUUCAAAUAUAAAGAAAAUGACUAACUCCUUUAAGGAUAAAUUAGGACAAGGGGGCUAUGGUGGUGUAUAUAAGGGAAAGUUACAAGAUGGUUGUUUUGUUGCUGUGAAGGUUUUGAAAGAAUCAAAGGGCAAUGUAGAGGAAUUCCUUAAUGAGGUUGCAAUUAUUAGUAGGACCUCCCAUGUUAAUAUUGUCACUCUUAUGGGUUUUUGCUUUGAAGAAUCUAAUAGAGCUCUCAUUUAUGAGUUUAUGCCAAAUGGAUCUCUUGAAAAAUUCAUAUAUAAAGAAAAUACCUCAAUUGCUGACCGUCAAUUGGGGUGGGAAACAUUAUACAAAAUUGCAGUUGGCAUCGCUCAAGGAUUAGAGUACUUACAUAGAGGUUGCAACACACGAAUCUUGCACUUUGACAUAAAGCCUCAUAACAUUCUUUUGGAUGAAAACUUUUGUCCAAAGAUUUCUGAUUUUGGCCUUGCAAGAAUAUGCCCUAGAGACGAGAGUGUCAUAUCAAUGUUGGGAGCAAGAGGAACUGUAGGAUAUAUAGCUCCAGAAGUAUUUUGUAGAAAUUUUGGUGGGGUCUCUCAUAAGUCAGAUGUCUACAGCUAUGGAAUGAUGGUUUUAGAAAUGGUUGGGGGACGAAAGAAUUUUGAUGUUAGUGUUGAUUGUGUCAAUGAAAUAUAUUUUCCAUACUGGAUUUACAAGCGCAUUGAACUUGAUGAAGAACUAGGACUGCAAGGCCUCAUUAGCAAAGAGGAUGAAGAAAUUGCAAAGAAGAUGAUAAUAGUGAGUUUGUGGUGUAUACAGACUGAUCCCUCAAGCCGACCAUCAAUCAGUAAAGUGGUGGAUAUGUUGGAAGGAAGCCUCAGCUCCUUGCAAAUUUCUCCCAAGCCUUUCUUGUCUUCCCCACCAAGAACAACUGUAGAUUCUUCUACUGCAACAAUGUCAUUAUGAAAUGCAUCUCUGUUCUGCAUUUCUUUUAAUCUAUUGUAGAUGGCAAUGAACAUCUUUGUUAACUAUAUUGAUAUUGGACUUGUAGAUGAACAUCCUUUUAUGAUCACCUACAAUAUGAAUUUCUGGCAUUGUGGCUUCGACUAUGAAUUAGAAA